CAACCACCCCAAGACGCCCGACUCCUUGCGCACAUCUCCAGUGAGCAUUCCCGUCUCGUCAUCCAGUGGGAAAAUCAUUAAAUCAGUUUUGCACUCUUCAAUUAAACUCACAAGACUCCGACUCAAUUAAUAUUCCGACAAUGUCACCAUCUGCAUUGAAUCUCAGGCUGCUCUUUGCGGCGAGUGUCCUUCUGUUCCUGCUGCACUCGGCAUCUUCAGCAUCUGUCGCCACUCGUCCGCCCGUUGCCGAUGAAGUCAUCGACAAAGCCCUCCAGGACAAGCGUUACUUGAUGAGACAGCUCAAAUGCGCCAUCGGAGAGGCUCCCUGUGAUCCCGUUGGCAAACGCCUCAAGAGUCUGGCUCCAUUCGUGCUCCGGGGCAGCUGUCCACAGUGCACUCCAACUGAAAUGAGUCAGAUUCGCCGGACUCUGGCGUACGUCCAAAAAACGUAUCCGGCCGAGUGGACUAAGCUGAUACAGGCAUACGCUGGCUGAUGAUCUUCCCGCCUCCUGCGUGUGCUGUCUCUUCCCUUUG